GAAUGUAUUUAAAAAUAAGUAGCACACAAAACGUUAAAAAAACGCCCCUUUGGGCGUAAUGUAAAAUCUGAAAGCUUUCAGAUUUUUUUAAGUACUAUUUUCAGUUAUAGUUUCUUUCUUGGUUCCAUUCUUUUAAGAUCUCAAGAAAUCACUCAAAAUGGCAUAGUAGAGGAUGGAAGAUUGAAUGGAUCUUGCCAGUUAAAUCAGUUACAAAGUAGAUUAAUUGAAGACGAAGAAAUGGAAAGUAAUCAAGUGAAAUUAGCUGUGUACCUUAAUUAUGUGAGGAAGUGCACUGUUUAUUUAUUUCUCCUAGCUGUAAUUUUCUAUGGUGCAUAUCAAGGCUUUGAAAUAGCUGCAAAGUACGCUUUAACUAGCUGGUCUAGUGAAGAUAUUAUUUCACUCAACUCUUCCGUCAUAAACUAUACAGAUUUAGGACAAGAUCGUUUGAAUAAUUCCAUUUCACAUGAUGACAUCCUACGGUACAUGAGCUUCGGAAUAGUCCAGGGUAUUUGUGUCAUAAUUGGAAAUUCUCUUCUCGCCGUAACCUGCACCAGAGCUUCAAGGAUAUUUCACAGAAGUUUAAUCGAUAGUGUCAUCAAGGCUCCCAUGAGUUUCUUUGAUACUACUCCUCAUGGACGAUUAAUAAAUAGAUUUGCUAGAGAUAUAAAUACUAUCGACUCUGACAUGCCCUAUUCGAUAGACUAUGUAUUAGCAUGCCUCUUUGUAGUAUUAGGCACAUUCUGCGUGAUAACGGUAAACAUACCGAAGUUCAUUCUUUUCAUGAUACCCUUCAUUAUUGGGUAUUUCUUUCUUCAGAAUCUGUAUUUAAAUGCCUCACAAAAACUGAAACGUUUGGAAUGUGUGUCAAGGUCUCCAAUUUUCAGUGAUUUCGAAGAGUCUAUUCAAGGCAUUACUAGUAUUCGAUCUUACGAUAUGGACGAAACGCUAAUGGAUAUAUUUGGAGAUAAAGUCGAUGAAAAUAGUACGUGCAGUUAUCACUGGUAUAUGUGCUCAAGAUGGCUAUCUGUUUGCAUAGACAGCAUUAGUGUAAUCAUUAUAUUGACAACAGUGCUGAUUUCUUUAAACGACAUAAAUGAGCUGACGACUUCUGAUAUAGGACUGUCUUUAGUCUAUGCCUUGACUGUUACUGACAGUUUCACCUGGUUAAUUAGAACUUGCACAGAUUUCCAAAACCAAAUUAUUUCUGUUGAACGCGUAGAAGAAUAUUCUGUUUUGCCCUCUGAGGCUGCGUGGGUUGUUACAAACGAAGAAAUUCCGGAAAAUUGGCCAGAAGAAGGACGUAUAGCAUUUCAUGAAUUCUCUGCAUGUUACAGGCAAGGCUUAGAUCUUGCACUCAAUAAUCUAAAUUUUGAAAUAGCUGCCAGACAAAAGGUAGGAAUCGUCGGCCGAACUGGUGCUGGAAAAUCUUCACUGACUUUAGCCUUAUUUCGGAUCAUUGAAGCAGCUACAGGUUAUAUUACCAUAGACGGCAUUGAUAUAUCUACAAUUGGACUACAUACAUUGAGAUCAAAACUAACUAUAAUUCCUCAGGAUCCAGUUUUAUUUACUGGAAGCGUAAGAUCAAAUCUUGAUCCAAAUAAAGAGUAUAACGAUGAUGAUGUAUGGAUAUGUUUGGAAAGGGCUCAUCUUAAGGAUUACAUUACUUCACUUCCUGAAGGCUUGGAAUUUCAGAUAGCUGAAGGAGGAGUAAAUUUAAGCUUGGGACAAAGACAACUAGUUUGCCUGGCAAGAAGUCUCUUAAAAAGAACAAAAAUUUUAGUUCUAGAUGAGCCGACAGCGGCAGUCGACCCGGAGACGGAUCAUAUGAUUCAAGAAACUAUACGAGCUGAAUUCCAGGACUGUACUGUCAUUACAAUUGCCCAUAGGCUAAAUACAGUGAUGGAUUACGACAUAAGUAUUGUUAUGGAAUCUGGCAAAGUAAUUGAACAAGGCAAUCCUAAAGAUCUUAUGAAAAAUCAGAAUUCUGUGUUCUAUUCAAUGACAAGAGAUGCAGCUCUCAUGUAGAAAGGACUGUAAAAAUGACUACAAAAUAUGUGAUAUUUUUAAGUUGUUAUUUUGUUAUAAUUUAACUGUGUUCAGUGUGUUUACAUAAUUGCUUUCUACAUAUGUAUUAUAAUGCGUGCCUUGUGUAUUCCUUUUGUCACCUGUAUUAUAUUGAGUGCCUUAUGUAUUUAUUUGCCAAAUUACUAGUUUGUCAUUAUACAUAUCUCUUUCACUAAAUAUUUUAGAUAUACAUAAGCAAGUUAUUUCAUAAACAAAUCUGAAUCCUUUAUCAUCUUGCUUGAAAAAUUUUUGUAAUGACAAUGCUUUACAGAGCAGAUGUGCAGUUAUUUGAUAUGAAUAUGCUUCAUCAAUUUCUAUCAAUUAUAAUUGCAUGAGUAUUUGCUUUGUUUAAGUUGAAUAUUAAAAAAUACGGAAAUAUUUUCUUACUUUAUCAUACCUAGACAGUGCAUAGUUAUAAUAUAAUAUAAAAAGGCCAAUAAAAUUUUUAGAAAACCAUCCGUGCAGAAUUUUAAAUAUUUGCCAUGAAACUAUUGGAAAAAGUGAUGUUGAUAAAAAAUGCGGCCGUAUUUUAUUUUAUCAUACCUAGACAAUGAACAUUUAUAAAUCUAAUAUAAAAAAUAAAAUUUUCAGAAAAAUCAUCCGUGCAGAAUUUUUAAAUAUUUGCCAUGAAAUUGCCGGAAAAAAGGGACCAAUAAAAUGAUUAUUAACUUGCUUAUAUAUUUUAUUUACGUAUUAUUUCAUAUAUUAUUUAUGUAUUAUAAUGUGCUUAAAUUUUACAUGUUUUCCCCUUUUGAAUUCUAAAAAAUGGGUUUUAAUGUGGUUUAUUCAUUUAAUUCUUUUGCAUUUAUAUUUUUAAUCAAAUUUACGUUCACUAUUUAUUCCUAGUAUACGCACAUAUGUUUAAUAUUUUUUUAUAUAGCCAUAUAUUUUUAUCUUCCUUCAGCAUAUUUAGAUAUUUUCAUAAUUUUUCAGUGGUUGUCGGCUUUUCAUUUUGAAAAAUUAUAAAAUGUUUUGUAACUGAUUAGAUUAGAAAUAUAUUGAUAAAAAAUGCGUACAUAUAUUCUUAUUUUAUCAUAUCGAGACAGUUUUUAUCAUACCUAGAGAGUGCACAUUUAUAAAUUUAAUAUAAAAACUAAAUGAAAUUUUUAGGAAACCAUUCUUUUAGAAUUUUAAAUAUUUGCCAUUAACCUGUCAAAGUGCCUGAUAAAAUAAUUAUAAACUUGCUUAUAUAUUUUAUUUAACGUAUUAUUUCAUAUAUUAUAAUAUACGUAAAUUUUACAUGGUUUUUCACUUUGUGAUUCUAAAAAUGGGUUGUAAUUUGGUUUAUGCGUUUAAUUCUUUUGCAUAUAUAUUUUUUAUAAAAUUUACGCUACGUUCGCUAGUUAUUCCUAGUAUACGCUCAUAUAUUUACUUUUUAUGCAUGCAUAUAUUUUUGGCAUUUUGUUUCAGCAAAUUUAGAUAUUUUCAUAAUAUAUCAGUGGUUAUCGGCUUUUCAUUUUUGAAAAAUUGUAAAAUGUUUUAAAAAAAUCAUGUAACUGAUUAGAAGAUUUUAAAUAUAAUGUUUAUGAUUAGAAGUAUGUUGAUAUCUCUCUAACUAGUUUAGUAAUUUGUGUUUCAGUAGUUUUCAUUUUUGAAAAAUUAUAAGAUGUUUUAAAAAAUCAUGUAACUAAUUGGAAGAUAAGAAAUAGGUUUUGCAAUAGUAACUGAAAAUUAAAUUUUACCUUUGUAUAUGAUUACCCCUAACGCAAUUGCAAACUUGAUCCUUGAUUUCUUCAAUAUCAGCUAAGAUAUUUCCGAAAACUAAGUUUAUAUGCACAUGAACAAUAUCUGGAAUUCUCCAUUGUAAAAUUAAAUAAUUAUUUGUUCAGAAUAUUAGUGACUACAUCUUAUGCGAACGACUUUUAAAUCUGUAUAGCUAGUUUGUUGUUAUCUAUAAUUAUGCUUUUCUUACUUUUGUGAGUGCUAGACAGGAAAAAUCUGCUUUUUUUUCUUAACUUUUGGGGGACAAUAUAUACACACACACGCACACACACAUAUAUAUAUAUAUGUGUGUGUGUGUGCGUAAAUGUACAAGCAUUUUAAUGUACAUAUGUUUAUCAUUAAAAUAAUUGGUCCAAAUUUAUCCAUUUACUGAUAAUAUCUUUUAGAAUUUAGGAAACUUGACAAUAAUCUUAAACGAAAUGAGUGAAGGUUUAAGGAAUUGAAUUAAAUUUAACUAAGAAUUAGCUAUUUUUAAGCCUCAAAUUUUUGUAUGCGUAUCUUAAUAUUAUUUUUGAUCCAGAAAUUAAGUUUUCACAUUAAAAAAAAUUCCUACUUUUAUAGAUUUCAAAUAAUGAUAGUAAUUUACAAUUAUGGCUUAUUAUAGAGAACAAUCAUAAAAAUAAGAGUAGCGUAAACAAAAAAAUUCUUAAUAUAUCGAAUGAUGUGUUUGGGAAUUAAUAUAUUCUGUAUUGAAAAAAAUUAAUGAUAAAUAAAUGAUGUCAGCUCACGUGCAAUGUUUAAAUAUCACCGUAUGUCUAGUGAUUAAAUUAGGGUACAGAUGACUAACCAAGAAAUAUUUUCAAAUACUAAUAUGAUUUCAACUUAACUAUGAAGAAAUAUAAGAUGAUGGGGAAAUUUUUUCUAAAUAUGUGAAUAUUCCUUUGUUGUGCUUUAUGCAAAGUGGAAUACUUUUCUUCCAGAAUCAAGUCAUCUUAUAUUCACGUUUGGAAUUUUGUACAGUUUUUACUUAUAACAGAAUUUCAAAAGAAACUAUAAACUUAUAUUGAUUGUUUUAAUUGUACAAAUAUUCUCAAAUACUAUAAAUUGACAUAAUUCUAAAUUAAAUUAUGCAUGCCUCAAUUUAUUCCUAUUUUUAACUUGUUUAAAGUUUUAAGUUAAAAACAGUAAUCAUGUCAUCCAGUAUUUAAUAUUUACACAUAGUAUUUAAUAUUUUUGAAAUUUUUUAUUAAUUCAUGAAUUUAAAACUAAAUGUAUUGGAAACGAAAUGCAAUUUUUUGCUGUACCUCAUUUGUUAUCCUUAUUCUUUUAAAAGUAAUAAAAUUU